AUGCGUGCUCGCCUCCCAGCAGUGAUGGAUCGCAUCGGCCCUGCUGGCAAGACACUGGCCACGGGGCUUGGAGUCGGCGGGAUUUCUAAGCUGGCGGUGGAUGGACACGAUAUGUGGCAGGCGCGCAUAAAGCGCCAGCAAGAAGCAGGCGAUUGCGAUCGUGUGAAAGCGCGCGUGAUCCACAGCGCCUUCCACGCUGCCAAGCCCGAAGUGGAGAUCCCGCGCAAGCACGUCCAGGCCCAGAUCAGCAGGUUGCUGGACCUGGAUGAUCGCUCCCCCGUGUUGAUCUGGGGCAACCACCAGUCCGGCAAGAGCUUCGCCUUGUUCAAGGCAUGCCGAGACGCAGGCUUUCACGAGGGCAUCGUCCACGUGAAGCUCGACAGCGACAAGGAGACCGCAGGAGAAAGGCUGCGCCAGCAGCUGGGUGCCCCCGGCCACGUUGAGGUGGAGGAGGCCUUGAAGCAGGCGGCAAAGACGCUGGGCCGCCUGCCCAUCUUGGCUUUUGCCUCCAUGGCGCUGGGCUACGACGCAGACGCUCGGGAAGUUCGCCUCCAGAUCGGACCGCUGAGUGAGGAAGAGUGCCAGCAGGAGAAGGCGGGGGCCUUUUGCCGAGCGCGUCCAGGAACUCCCGCGGCUGUCGAGCACAAAGCUGACCUUUUGCAGCUCACCGGCGGCAACGUAGGGAAGUUGGAGGCCCUCGGAGAUAAGCGCAGUGUGUGCACUUUGCGAAGCCUUUGCAGCCUCGCAGGAGCUUGCCAAGAGCAGCAGAUCCUGGGCUUCCUCGGCAUCGAUGCGCAUGGCGGAUUUGACGGAACCAAGGCUGCCAAGGAGGUGGCCCGCCGUGUGGCGGAGGCCCCGUUUCACCAGUGCGUGAUGUCCAAGGACUUCAGGGCACGUUUCACCAGCAAGGACCUAGCACAGGCGGUGAAGGCACGAGAUGCCCACUGCAUCUAUGUCAAGGCCACCACUAAGGCGGAUGAGCGGUUUUGCGCAGCGUCGCCGUCGGUGCACGCUCUUCUCAAGCGGAAGACCAGAUGGUUGGGAAUCUUCUGA